GCGGCCGCUUUCUCGGCGAAACUUUAUUCCAGGACCAAAAAGAAAAGACACAUUUUGGACGAGCACUUCCCUUUCCUUCUGCAAACAGUCCCGAUUCGAUUUCUGAGGAGGAAGAAGAAAGAGCGAACGCGAUGCUUCAGAAGUUUGCUUUAGCCUUCAAGACCAAGACCAUCGAAUUCUUCGCCGAGGACGAGGAAGCGGAGGAAGACGACGACACUGCAGCGCCCACCGACCCUAAGUCAGAGGAGAUCAUCACCGGCCAGCGCGUCGUAGUCCUGAAGCCCGAUCCUGCCCCGCGUCCUGACCCCCAAGCCCUAGCCGCCGCCGCACUUGCCACUUUUUCUUCUUUCCAAGCCGCUUACCUCCUCCUGCAAACCGCCCAAUCGCCCUUCGUUCAUGACGAUCUGCGCUCCGCCGACCGCACCGCCGUCUCCCACCUCCGCCGCUUGUCGGAGCUCAAGCGCACUUACCUCGGCCUCGGAUCGACUCCCUCCCUCUCUCUUUCUUCCCAUCUGGAGACCCAAGUGCAGGAGAACCAGGAUCUACUGCGCUCCUUCGAGGCCCUCGUCAAUCGCCUCCAGUCCGACAUCGACGGCAAGGAUCCCGAGGCCGCCGCGCUUGAGAAGACGCUUGCUGACCUCAACGCGGACUGUGCGAGGCUCGCUCACCGACUCGAGCGCGCCUGUAUGCCGGCGGAGGAUAAGGUCGAGGCGCUGCUCACGGUCGGGGUCUUCGAUUCCGUACUCAGGGACACCUGUCGGGUCACUCAUCGUUUCGCCCGGAUUUGGGUCGAUUCGAUGAAGAUUCCCGGAUGGGAUUUGCGUGAUGCUGCGAACUGCAUCUGCCCGGACGUCAACUAUGCGAAGCCACGGCAUUUUCGAUACGCUCUCCUGUCCUACGUCUGCUUGGGUAUGUUUGAAGGCUUCGAUUCCUAUGACUUCUGCGAAGAUAGAACUGGAGUUGAAUUGAACAACAUUGACGUCACCAUUCGAAGAAAUGACUCUUUGCAGCAAUUCAUCGAUCAUUCCGCUCUUGAUCCAAUGGAGACAAUGCGAGAUUUCCCAAGUUGUGAUUUUGCAAACUUCUGCCAGAAGAAGUACACAAAGCUCAUCCAUCCAGGCGCCGAAUCAUCUCUGUCGAGGAAUUUAACUACAGAUGACUUAGCACUGAGGCAGUCCAGCCACCUGUAUGAGCCGUUUGUGACCAUGGCCAGCUCCAUGUGGACGCUUCACAAGUUGGCCUGGGCAUAUGAUCCUGUGGUGGAAAUCUUUCAGGUUGCCCGAGGGACUGAGUUCUCUAUGGUUUUCAUGAAGAACAUUGUUGGUAAGGUAGACAUGAUGUGCAUUGAUCAUCAGAGUGCUAAACCAAAAGUUGGGUUUACUGUUGUUCCUGGAUUUCGAGUUGGCAACACAGUUAUCCAGUCUAGGGUUUAUCUGGAUGGCUCAUAGCAUAUAAAUAGUUCCAUAUUCAUUUGUAACUCAGAUACUUUGAAGAAGUUCCCUUGUUGUAUUGGAUAUUAGCUGAAACGACAUUAGCAAGCUUGUGUCAUUAUUCUGAAGCUUGAGACAGGUUGAGACACACGUUUCAUAUGAUUGAAUCCAGACAACAUUUCUCAUACCUGUCAGCAUGUGAGAGGAGCAGGAAUUGGGUUCGAAGAAGAGGAUUGACACUGCUAAGAUGUGCUAUGGUCUUUAUCUCUUCAAGACACCUCAGCCUAUGGAAGUCUUAGUGGUGAGUAGUGAUUUUUCUAAGGGUACUAUAGGAUCUCUCUAAAUAAAUCUGCGCUUUAAGGUACAAAAGGGGAGUUGGUUUCACAGCUCAGUUAAUUUUUGUAGCAUUCUGUAUAAACUAAACUAAGAGUGAUUUCACUGUCCAAGGUAAACUGUUUCUUUUCUGUAUGACUACUAUUAAUCUCCAGUUUCCUUGUAUCUUAUGCCACUUUCUGAAAGUAGGUGUUUUCAAUCCUUUCAUAUGCAACUCUGCCAUUGAAUGUUUUAUCAAGGUCUGUAUCUUCAAAUCCACUUGUUCAUGAACCUUGUAACUGCUAGGUCACCUGCUAACUCAAACCCUAAUUUCUCAUAGAUGGCCAAUGAACUUCUCAACUAGGAUUCGAAUUAUUCGCUGCAAUUAAUCAUGCGUAAUCAUAGGUCUGUUUUCUGUUCCUACUUGCUUAUUUGGCCACACUUAUUUAAACUUGUCGAUUUGUGAUGGAAAACAGGAAGAAAUGACCAUUGCUUGAUGAUUUUCAAUCACUUCAGUAACAUAGUUGUUAUAGUUCGUAGACACUAGUUUAUGCAGGUUCUAGUUCUCGAUUCAUUCCUUCAAUGCUAUUCAUUGUUUAUUCCAUGCUAGAAUAUACGAAGCAUUUUGGUCUAGAUUUGUUCAGAAAUAUACUAAUUAGACUCUGGAUCUGAUUUAUGGAAACUAAGAUGCAAGAUUUUAAAAAUCUUGACAAAUAAAAAGAAAGACAUUGUAAAAUUAUUAGCAAUGUCUUAUCAAGCAUUAACAUAUUUUGGUGGAUACUAUUUGAUCGAAGACCAGUUUUUUGUUCUAUGCUUAUUAUGUGUGGAAGGAGGGGCCUUGUCUAGGCAUUUGCUCAUUAAAAUGAGUAUUUUAUCUUUCAGGUUGGGAAUUUUUAGAUUAUUUUUAGUACUUUUGGUUUUUUUUCCUUGGUCUAGCUACCAAAGUGUUGAUAAUAAUUUUUCUAGACCUGUUUAAAAUUAUCAUUUGCAUCAUUUUAGGACUAAAAGUGUAAGUUUAGAAUCUCGAAUCUUUCUGUAGGAAUAAAAUUUUGUAUAAAAAUCUGGAAUACUGAGAAGUAAAAGGUAUUGUUGUCAAAAUACCACAUGGUCGUCAAGUUUAUGAGCUAGAAUGGUGAAGGUAUUGGGGAAUGCUAGGCUAACUUUAAGGGUCACUUUCACUUCUCUUGUAGUUUGUGACCCCAUGGAUCAGCUACAGUAGGUUUUGAGACCAAAUUAGACAAGGAAGUUUGGUUGGAGACUUAUAGUGAGCUUAUCAAAUCUCAACCAACCCUUUUAUGAGGAUUGACACAACUAAAAGAUUGAGGUUUUGAUAGUAAUGACAAUGGGGUUGGUACUUGCAAUUUGACCUAUUACCAUGGAUUCUUGACCUGCUAAAUAUUGUAUAAAUAUAAAAAUUAAAUUAUGUAUCUACCUGUUUAACUAGGACACUUAAGCAUAAAUGAAUGAGUACCUAACAACAACUGCAUUCAAAAUAUUGUGACAUGUCAACACCAAAAAUCUAUAAGCACGGACAUUCUUAUAAAACUUUUGCACGUAUUCAACUCUUUCACUCAUUCAAAAGAACACAGACCCUUUUCAAAAGAUAACAUUAAAUAAGUAUCAAUAUGCAUCAAAAUAAAUCUGGCACUUAUUCAACAACAAAAACUAGUUCAAAUAAUUCAUUACACAUGAAUAACUAGAAAAUCUCUAUCAUAGUAGUAUUUCUAUGGUUUUAAUAUUUAUUGCAAGUACUGAUAGAUAUCUUAACUUAUCCAACUAUUCAUAUUGAUAGGAUAAUAAAUUUAAAUUUUAUAUUUAUUGUUGCAUCAUUGACACAAUAAUCCUAAUCAAUUAAUUAUUUAAUGAAACAUAACAAACCAAAAAGGACAAUCUACCAAACAAUUCAAAUUAUUUCUGAGCAACUGAAAUCGAAUUUGAAAUCCAAAAUUUGAAUUUAUUUCAAUUUACAUCAUCAUAAAUGUAAGGAGUACAAUGUAGUAGACUAUGUGCUUGUCUACAUUUGCCUUGAAUGCUUUAUAAAAAACCCCGUCAAGAAGCUUCAUACUUGCUCCUCUAGUGCCUUCCAGAUCCUGAGAAAGAUUAGUUCUAAUGCAUAUAUUAAUGAUUUAUCUGCUAAUUUGAACAUUAGUCUAAUUUUUAAUGUUGAGAAUUUACCUUCAUAUCUAGGGACAUCAAAUCUUCCUCUGUCUGUUGGUUUUGCUUUUCGCUCCCAUCUGCUUCACAACCCACCUUUUAGUUCGAGGGUGUUGUGAACUCUCAAAUGGUGAUAGCCCUUCACAAAAGCAUUCAGAAGUCCCUAGUUCAUUGAAAAGGACUUCCAAAGAUAAUGAUGCUUUGAUCAUUGAGAACAAACUUUUACACUUGACUUCUGAGCGACUUGAAGAAAUGGCGCUAAAGGGGCAACAAUCACCUGAUUCAUCUAUAGUGGCGCCACUACUUUGCAUCCACAUGCGAUGCCAUAGAAUUUGAUUGGGAAAGUCUUAUUUACCCCACUUGAUAGAGUAGAGUUCUUGCGGAGAAGAAUAAUGUAGUUUAUGAAUAAAUUUAAAUUUGAAACUUUGAAUCAAUUUCAAUUGUUUGGAAA